GCGGAUGUAAUGAAAAAGUGAAUUAUUAUCAAUCUUUAAUCGUUAAGUGUAACUUGACAACUUCCAAAAUCAAAAUGAAAUUCGCCAUUGUUGUAUUCGCCUGCUUAGCAGUUGCAUUAGCCGAUAAACUUACAGGCUACGAACCAGUCCCAGUUUUACAUCAACAAUACGUAAUUGAUAACAAUGGUAAUUUCAGAUACCAAUACGAAACUGGUAAUGGUAUCUCCGCUGAAGCUGAAGGUGUAUUAAAGAAUGCAGGUACUGAAGCUGAAGCCUUUGUCAUCCGUGGACGUACAUACCACAAAAGUCCAGAAGGCCAAGAAGUAGCACUCAGCUACACAGCUGAUGAAUUUGGAUACCACCCAGAAAGUCCAGUAUUACCAGUAGGACCUGAAGUACCAGAAUACAUCAUCCGUAGUCUUGAAUAUACCGCAAGACAAGCCGCAAAACUACGACAAUAAUUUGAUUGAUUGAUUAUUGAUUUGACUUUGGAAAUUGAUUAAGACUUACACACAUACACAAACACGCAUAAGUAAUUUAUUUACACAUCACCAUCUGUAAAAACAAAAUGGAGUAAUUAAUGUAUAAAUAGUAUUUGAGUUUUCUUUUUUGUUAUUAAAUAUCGUUUUCAAUUUUUUUUAAAACAA